GGUACAUUCAAGUUCUUGAAUGAAUGCUGUCCUGUUAGCAAUUUUUCUUCUACCGGUUGGUGUUAUUGGGAACCUAAUGGUCAUUGUAGUCGUAAGAAAGAGGCGAUAUCUUCAAACCAAGACGAACUUCUUACUUGCAAAUUUGGCGGCGUGUGACUUGGUGGCAAAUAUUCUUGGUUACACAUGGGGAGUAGCGUCCGCUUUUCCCAUUCCAAACAUGACCCUGGGUGUUAUAAUUUGCAAGAUUAACUCAAUUUAUCCUGCUGCAUCUGGGUGUUCUGCCUUUAUACUGACUAUUAUCGCUCUGGAACGUUAUAGCGCUAUCGUGAAACCACUGAACACUCGCUUCAAGUUAAAAAAACGGACCCUUCGCUAUUUUAUCUUGGCUAUUUGGAUUUUUGUCCUAGCUGCUGUGAUUCCUUUAGUGUACUUCGCUGACUACAAUGUUGGUUCGACUUACCGCUGUGGUAGAACUUGGGGUACAACUGCCAAAGCCACAUUCUGGACAACUGGGUUUAUAAUUUUUAUUGUGGUCCCUCUUAUAGUUAUGUUGUUCUGUUAUGUUCAAAUAAUACGCGCGCUGUAUUUCGGGACAAGGAUUGUGCCGAUGAAUAUCCCAGCUGAAGUUGAUGCAAGGGAAAAGAAAAGAGUAAUACAUCUAUCCAUUAUAGUGACUGUCGUGUUCAUUGUUACCUACUUACCGUUUGCAAUUGUUAAAGAACUUGAGAUGCGUAUUUCUUUAUCGAACAGAGUGAUAGCUUUUUCACUCCUAUCUGUACUUCUCUCUUCUAUCUUAAAUCCAUUUAUUUAUGCUUUCCAAAGCUCUAACUACCGCCGGGCCUUUAAAGAGAUUAUAUGUUUAAUACAGAGAUAG